AUGAGCAAAAGUGACCCGCACCUCGACAUUCCACAUUUUCUCGUCAGUCAGGAUGAAGCUCAUCCGUCUCUUAACAAGAUCAUGUCCAACUUGCAACACGUCCACGAGGGACUCAAGACACCUGUGUCCUCGCAUCCUAAUCUCCAGGCGCUCCGUCGUGAGAACGAGUUCCAGGAUAAGAACGUCAGCCUGAAGUCUAGACAACAUCCAAAUCUCUGGUCUCAUUUAUUCAAGUAUUACUGUAUCUGCAACCAGGAAGGAUCUGAUUUCCCGUUAGCUAUUUUCUACCGUAAUCCAAAUCAGAGCACGUUUUAG